GAAGAUGCAUUAAAUUUUCUUUCUAGGGUUUCUUCCAUGUACUGGUGGCACCUGAACUUUGCUAAUCCAGUAGCCAGCGGGAGCUUCAACGAUUACAGAGCUUCGGUAUCUUCCGCCAAUUAGAGAGUUUCUUCGUCAAAUUCAUCGCAUAAAAAAUGCCGAAGCAAAUUCACGAGAUCAAGGAUUUCCUUCUCACCGCCCGGAGGAAAGAUGCACGCACUGUGAAGAUCAAGAAUUACAAAGAUGGGGUCAAGUUUAAGCUGCGGUGUUCCAAGUACCUGUACACACACUGUGUCUUCGACCUAGAGAAGGCCGACAAGUUGAAACAGUCACUUCCUCCAGGUUUAAGCGUGCAAGAUCUCUGAAGAAGAAGAGAGCUGAGGUGAAUGCCAAUUACGAGUUUGUUAAUGUCUUACGAAGUAGUUGAAUGGAACAGUGUGAAAGCUUUCGGAAUUUUGGAAUUGCAGUUUCCUUUUAAACUUUUUCUUGUAAGGCGUCACAGUCAUAUUUUUGUUUGAGUUUGAACUGGAGCUCUUGGUGCACCUGGAAAAACUGUACUAGCUGCGGGUUUUUAUGUGUCACAUUAAUCACACAGUUCCAAUUCUCUAUGCAAGGAGAUGCCGGACAAUCUGUGAAAGGAGUGACCCAUAUUCCUGUUAGCGCUCCAUGUAAUUGAAUAGAAAAAGUUUUGAUUAGAUGUGGCCUUCACGAGGUGCCAGGUCUGUAAUAUGGAAUCGAAGAAAGAUCCUCUUCGCUCCUCCGGACCGUUGGGACAAAUCAGCCGUCCACGGGCAAGUUGUUCUCUGAUAUGAAGCCGAUGUUGGCUGUACCAAAAUUUUAGGAAGUGUUUUUGUGGUUA